UUUGCAGUCCCACCAGCAAUGUAUGAGUGUACCUGAAAGGAUAAUUUUUAAUACUGAGCCUUACCAAAUCACCACUUUCUUCUAAUACACAUAUCAAUCAGAGACCAGGCAUCAGACAGGCAUCCCAGAGGCUCUGCAAAUAAGUCUUAGUAGCUCGUAGUGAGAAAAUGUGUCCUUCAUAGAAGUAAAGGAUUUGUUAAGCCCAAAAUAGGACACUCAUCCCUCUGUCUUUCCGGUUCCAGCUUGUCCUCAGAUGCUCAGAGCACCACAGACCCUGAUGCUCACCACCUUUGAUACUCCACCUUCCACAGAGGUCAGAGGAGCCAUGGGGAACCACACCACUGUCACCGAGUUUAUCCUGCUGGGGCUCUCAGAUGCCUGUGAGCUACAGAUGCUCAUCUUCCUGGGGCUCCUCCUGACCUACCUCCUCACACUGCUGGGGAACUUCCUCAUUGUGGCCAUCACCCUUGUGGACAGGCGCCUCCACACCCCCAUGUACUACUUCCUCCGUAACUUUGCUGUCCUGGAGAUCUGGUUCACCUCAGCCAUCUUUCCCAAGAUGCUGAACAACAUCCUCACAGGACAUAAGAUCAUCUCUUUAGCUGGAUGCUUCCUUCAAAGUUUCCUCUAUUUCUUCCUUGGCACCACAGAAUUCUUCCUAUUGGCAGUGAUGUCCUUUGACAGGUAUGUGGCCAUCUGUAACCCUUUGCAUUAUGUCACCAUCAUGAGCAAAAGGCUGUGUGUCCAGCUAGUGCUCUGCUCAUGGAUGACAGGUUUCCUUCUCAUCUGUGUUCCCAGCUACCUCAUAUUUCAGCAGCCCUUCUGUGGACCCAAUGUCAUCAACCAUUUCUUCUGUGACAAUUUUCCACUCCUGGAACUCAUAUGUGCAGAUACAGGUCUGAUAGAGCUUUUGGGGUUUGUGAUAGCCAACUGCAGCCUCCUGGGCACUCUGGCGGUGACGGCCACCUGCUAUGGCCACAUCCUCCACACUAUCCUGCACAUCCCCUCAGCCAAGGAGAGGCACAGAGCCUUCUCAACCUGCUCCUCCCAUAUCAUUGUGGUGUCCCUCUUCUAUGGCAGCUGCAUCUUCAUGUAUAUCCGGUCAGGCAAGGGUGGGCAGGGGGAGGACCAGAACAAGGUGGUGGCAUUGCUCAACACUGUGGUGACCCCGACACUCAACCCCUUCAUCUACACCCUGAGGAACAAACAGGUGAAGCAGGUAUUCAGGGAGCAGGUGAGCAAGCUCCUCUCACAAAGUUGAGUCAGACCUGAGAGAGGGAAAAAAAUC